GUCUCAACAGAGAAAGUAGAGAUGACCCAGGAAAAUCACUCCUGGACAACUGAGUUUAUCCUCAUAGGAUUUUCAGAUCACCCAGAAAUGAAGACCCUUCUGUUUGUGGUGUUCUUUGCUAUUUAUCUGAUCACAAUGGUGGGGAAUCUUGGCUUGCUGGCAUUGAUUUUCAUGGAGCACUGCCUCCAUAUACCAAUGUACAUCUUUCUGGGCAACCUGGCUCUGAUGGAUUCCUGCUGUUCCUGUGCCAUCAUACCCAAGAUGUUAGAGAACUUCUUUUCUGAGGACAGAAUGAUUUCCCUCUAUGAAUGCAUGGCACAAUUUUAUUUCCUCUGUCUCGCUGAAACUGCGGACUGCUUUCUCCUGGCAACAAUGGCCUAUGAUCGCUAUGUGGCAAUAUGUAGUCCACUGCAGUACCACACCGUGAUGUCAAAGAAAUUCUGCAUUCAGAUGACCAUAGGGGCCUACAUAGCUGGGAACCUGCAUUCCAUGAUUCAUGUAGUACUUCUAUUAAGGUUAACCUUUUGUGGAUCUCAUCAAAUCAAUCACUUUUUUUGUGAUGUUCUUCCAUUAUACAGAUUUUCCUGUGUUGACCCUUAUAUCAACGAACUGAUGAUACUUAUCUUUUCAGGGUCAGUUCAAAUUUUCAGUAUUACAACAGUCCUAAUCUCUUAUUUUUGCAUCCUUUUCACAAUUUUCAGAAUUAAAUCCAAAGAGGGAAGAGGCAAAGCUUUAUCUACUUGUGCAUCUCAUUUUCUCUCUGUCUCAAUAUUCUAUGGUUCUCUUCUCUUCAUGUACAUUCGGCCAAAUUCAUUUAAAGAAGGGGAUAAAGAUAUACCAGUUGCAAUUUUUUAUACUCUAGUAAUUCCUUUACUAAACCCUUUUAUCUAUAGUCUAAGAAAUAAGGAAGUGAUAAAUAUUAUGAAAAGAAUUAUGAAGAAGAGAAAACCUCAGAACAUUCUGAAACAAAGAUCCCUUGUGACAAAUUGAUUUUAAUUAGAUAAACUUUUUUCAAAGUGAAGGAUAUUGGGAAAAUGGAAAAUGAUCACUUUGUAUAUCACAUAUUAAAUCACUAAGACACGAUGACUUUUAAGUCAAAUCAUGUGUAAAUGGCUAAAUAAGUACAGGAAGGAGGAACUCUGCUAAAAUCUAUUUCAAAAUCUAAACUACUAGGAUCUCUUAGGAGGGAAUUAAUUGACUAUUCCUAAGGUCACAAAUUGUGUCAGAGUGGAAUUAGCUACAAUUUUCUACAUAUCCAACAAAUCCUAGGAAUAAAAUCCGGUAUAUAAAGGUAGCC